UGCGCCGAGCUAUGGCGUCUCGAGGGCGCAGGCCCGGAAUGUGGCAUGGGGCGCGGGGACGGGGCCCUGAGAGCUCUCGCGAUGGCGAAAGGGGCAGCAGAGGUAAGGGCAGAGGCGGUCGGGGCGGUCGCAGAUCUAGGGUUUUUCGAGGAAAUGACGAUGAUCUGGAGGAGAAGUUUGGGUUUGGAUUGUUCACGGAAGGAGAUCCAAAGCUUGGAUGGCUUCUCAAUAUGUCGCCGUCGUCAUUCCAGGACGAGGAAUGUGGCAAUCAGACUUUCAGCUGUGUAAAUCUGUGCUUUCUGUGCCAGGAUGGGUCGGGUUUUAAAACCCGUGUGAAGUUUGCUCCAUAUUUCUACAUAGGAGCGAAGAUUGGUAUGGAACUUGAACUAGAGUCGUAUAUUCGGAGGCGCUUUGAGGGACUCAUCUCAAACACGAAAAUAGUCGAAAAGGAAGAUCUUGACCUGAAAAAUCACCUUUCUGGACUGCGCAAGCGAUUUAUUAAAAUCAGCUUCAACACAGUCCAAGAUCUCAUGCAAGUGAAAAGCGACCUGAUGCCAAUCGUGGCUCGCAAUCAAGCGAAGCUGGAGGCGGUCGAAGCUUAUGAAUCUGUACUUUACGGGCUAAGCACAGAGAAGCAAAACAAAUCGAAAGUUUAUGACUACAAUGAAUGCAUUGUAGAUAUACGCGAGUUUGAUGUUCCGUAUCAUGUCCGCUUCGCAAUAGACAAUGAUGUCAGAUGUGGAGAAUGGUACGUCGUAACCGUAGACGCAGCAAGGACAAAGUUGGAAAAACGGCCCGAUCUCCUUCAGCGAGCAGAGGCUCGCGUAUGUGCUUUUGAUAUUGAAGCAACCAAACUUCCGUUGAAGUUUCCAGAUGCAUCUUAUGAUAGUGUGAUGAUGAUAUCGUAUAUGGUCGAUAGCCAGGGUUAUCUGAUUAUCAACAGAGAGUGUGUAAGUGAAGACAUAGACGACAUUGAAUAUACUCCUAAGCCAGAGUUUGAAGGACAUUUUAAGGUUCGAAAUGCAGCCUCGGAGAAAGAACUUCUAGAGUGGUGGUUCGACCAUAUGCGUGAAAUUAAACCGAACAUCUUUGUUACCUACAACGGAGACUUCUUUGACUGGCCUUUUAUUGAAGAGCGGGCCAAACAUCAUGGAUUAAGCAUGCGCGACAAACUCGGCUUUUCCUGUGAUUCAGCGCAGGGAGAGUGUUUAAGUAAAUUCGCUUGUCACUUAGAUUGCUUCGCUUGGGUUAAACGUGACAGCUACCUUCCACAGGGCAGCCAAGGUCUUAAGGCUGUGACGAAGGCGAAGCUUGGAUAUGAUCCUCUGGAAGUCAAUCCAGAAGACAUGGUUCGUUUCGCUAGCGAACAACCUCAGAAAAUGGCAGCUUAUUCCGUCUCAGACGCCGUCGCCACGUAUUAUCUUUACAUGACAUACGUUAAUCCGUUUAUCUUCUCUCUUGCCACUAUCAUACCUAUGUCUCCGGACGAAGUGUUACGAAAGGGUAGUGGAACUUUGUGUGAAAUGCUUCUUAUGGUUCAGGCAUUUAAAGGAAACAUUAUCUGCCCGAACAAACACAAGUCAGAACCGGAACGGUUUUACAGUGGUAGACUUCUGGAUAGCGAGACAUACAUUGGAGGCCAUGUUGAAUGCCUUGAGAGUGGUGUUUUUCGUUCGGAUCUUCCUACUAGAUUUCGACUCGUGCCCGAGGCAUACCAAAAGCUGGUAGACAACCUGGAUCGCGACCUUUUGUAUGCCAUAGAGAAAGAAGGGAAGAUGAAUGCUCAGGAAGUGACCAACUACGACGAAGUUAAGAAAGAAAUAAAGUCAAUGCUUGAAAAUCUACGGGAUGUACCCAACAGGGAAGAGCAGCCUGUAAUAUAUCACUUGGACGUGGCGGCCAUGUAUCCUAAUAUUAUACUGACUAAUCGCCUUCAGCCGCCUUCAAUUGUGACUGAUGAAACAUGCGCGGCCUGCGAUUUUAAUCGAGCCGAAAAAACGUGUUUGCGUCCUAUGCAAUGGGUUUGGAGAGGCGAAUCCUUUAUGACCAAGAGAAGGUAGUUUGUCUCUUCAAUUUUGAUUAACGUCUAACACUUCUUCUCAAGUGAAUACUAUCAUCUGAAAAACCAAAUUGAGUCCGAAAUGUUUACAGCAGGAGAAGGGAAGCCUUCACAGUAUUUUCGUGAUCUGUCAAAAGACGAGCAGCAAUCUAAGCUGCGGGACAGAUUGAAGAAGUACUGUCAAAAGGUUUAUAAGCGAGUACUUGAUAAACCGACAACAGAACAGCGGGUAGCGGGAGUGUGCAUGCGCGAAAAUUCCUUUUAUGUGGAUACAGUUCGGAGUUUUCGAGACCGAAGAUACGAGUACAAAACCCUUAAUAAGGUGUGGAAGGGAAAAUUGACGGAGGCGAAGUCAAGCGGGAAUUCUAUCAAAAUUCAAGAAGCUCAAGAUAUGGUGGUUUUAUAUGAUUCACUGCAACUUGCACACAAGUGUAUUCUUAACUCAUUUUACGGCUACGUCAUGAGAAAAGGAGCAAGGUGGUAUUCUAUGGAAAUGGCAGGAAUUGUGACAUAUACAGGAGCAAAAAUCAUCCAAAAUGCACGGAUACUUGUCGAACAGAUCGGAAAACCGUUGGAGCUGGAUACAGACGGGAUCUGGUGUGCUUUACCAGCAUCUUUUCCUGAAAACUUUGUUUUUCGUACAAAAGAUAAAAAACUUCCGAUUUCGUACCCAUGUGUGAUGCUUAACGUGGAUGUCGCGUUAAACAACACCAACCAUCAAUACCAGACACUGGCAGACGCUACGGAACGUACUUACCGAACAAGUAGCGAAUGCUCAAUUGAAUUUGAGGUUGAUGGACCGUAUAAGGCAAUGAUACUCCCGGCCUCUAAAGAAGAGGGAGUGCUUAUUAAAAAGCGCUAUGCGGUCUUCAAUGAUGACGGAACACUUGCCGAGCUAAAAGGCUUUGAAGUAAAGCGGCGAGGUGAACUUAAACUUAUAAAGGUUUUUCAGGCAGAAGUUUUCGAGAAAUUUCUUCAAGGUAGUACGCUCGAAGAAUGUUAUGACGCUGUAGCGGCCGUUGCUGACAGGUGGCUGGAUAUGUUAGAGAAUCAAGGAGCAGAUGUGGCUGAUAGUGAGCUUCUUGACUACAUAUCGGAGUCAAGUACAAUGAGCAAGUCUCUCGCCGAUUAUGGCGAUAAAAAAUCCUGUGCUACCACCACGGCUAAGCGGCUAGCUGAUUUUCUUGGUGAAGCUAUGGUGAAGGACAAGGGGCUGAGCUGUCGUUAUAUUGUUGCCCGGGAUCCUCAGGGCUCACCUGUUAGCGAACGUGCAGUACCCGUUGCUAUAUUUGAGACUGAAGCUGAGGUUAUGAGAGCAUACUUGAGAAAAUGGUGCAAGGUGUCCGCUGAUGCAGAUUUUCGCUCUAUAGUCGAUUGGUCAUACUACAGACAACGGUUAGCGUCCACUAUACAAAAGAUUAUCACAAUUCCUGCUGCGAUGCAGAAGGUAGCCAAUCCUGUUCCUAGAGUUAGUCAUCCAGACUGGUUGUGGAAGAGAGUUCGUGAAAAGGAUGACAAAUAUCGGCAAAAAAGCAUAUUUGAUGCUUUUAAGCCCAUAACAAACGCAGAUGUUGACAAUGAGGCUUUGGUUGGUGACUUGGAGGAUAUAUGUGGUGGCAAGGAAACUUGCUCUUCGAAAGGGCUCAAUGCUGAAGUUGAAACUGCUGCAACAGCGAAUACAGAACCUCUCUGCACCUCUGAUGGAGAUGAUUAUGGAGCAUGGCUCGAUAAACGAAAAAGAAAGUGGAAAGAUGUUCGUGAGAAACGAAAGCGUCUCAGACAAGGUCCUGAACCUCGACACACAGACAACAGAUUGAACAGGUCAAAAAAGGGAAAUAGUGUGAAUACAUUUUUUCAGAAUCGAGAGGCUUCAUUAACACGGUCACAUUGGGAGGUUUUGCAGUUUGAGGCCACUGAAAAGCCUGGAGAUUUCAUUGCUUGGGUAGUGGCUGGUAGUUCCAUGUACAAGGUCCCCGUAAAGGUGUCACGAGUUUUUUACCUGAAUACGCGUGCUUUAGUUUCCGAAGAUUAUCCUGGAAAGCGUGUCAGCCGAGUGCUACCUCACGGAAAAGCCUGUUUUAAUCUUAUUGAGGUCAUUUUGGACGAAGAGCAGUACAAGCAGGCCAAAAAGGAUGUUGUAGCUCAUCUGUCGGAUCCAGAAGUUGAGGGAGUUUACGAGACUAGAUUGCCUCUCAUACUUCAAGCCAUUCUUCAACUCGGCUGUGUUUGCUCUGUUGACGUUAAAGCGCAAAAGCGGAGCUUAAACGAAGGGUGGUCGCUAGAAGAAUUGCACAUGAAGACCACUACUGAGUGCUCUUAUCUGGCAGAUGACGUCUCCUUUAUCUACUUAUAUCACAGCGCAUUUGAGCCCCGUGGCUGUUAUGCCUUGUAUGCUCCUUUGGCCGCAAAAGUUCUCGUUAUCAUUGUCAAUCCGUCAGUCAACAAGGAGGUGUCAACAAACUGGUUAGAAAGGCAGUUUCGCGACGCACUUCGGACACAAGAGUCAUCGGUCAUGGAACAAUUCAACAUAGAUACAUCAGACGUUAACUUCGAGAUAGAAUAUUUGGCUACAUAUGCUGAAGCUGGAAGGCGUUUGCAAAGGACUUUGCAUGAUUAUUUGGACCAGUUUCGGAGGCCUGCCGUGGCGAUUGUAGAAUGUCCGUCCAUGGAAAACAUUAUGGCUCUUGUUCCGGCUAUUUUGGAGGUUCCUCGAGUUCAAGUUCCUUGGAAUUCACGUCACAGUGACUAUAAGCUUCUUGGAUGGCAACCAGUAGCUGCAAAAUUAGCGAUGCAGCGUUGUGCUGCCUCACCAUCCUGGCUUUCGGAAAGAAUUGCACUUUGUCGAUACGCUCAUGUUCCGCUGGGCAAUUUGGACUCAGACUGGAUUCUUUUCACUGCGGAUGCAUUUUACGCACGAGUGCUGAAGGACAAUCAGCAUGUUUUGUGGAUAUCUGAUGAUGGCUUACCGGAUCUUGGAGGUGUUCCACAAGACGAACCAAGCUUUACAGAUGUGGUUCAGCAACCGUCUUUGUGCUAUCCUGGUGCUUACAGAAGUGUUACUAUUGAGCUCAAGAUAAAUCAUCUGGCAGUCAAUGCUCUUUUAAAGAGCACUCAAGUAAAUGAGCUGGAAGGAGGAGCGUUGCUAGGCUUUGAGCUUGAUGCAACUGGUUCCAAUCUUCGUCAAGUGGGAGGUUCCUGGGAUGAAACCAAUUCUUGUGCGCCUGCUUUCGGUCUUCUAAAACAGAUGGUAUCUGGGUGGUUAGUCGAUGCCAUGUCCUCUGCAAACGUUUUCGCCGAUGUUCUUUUGCAGAACUUGUACAGAUGGCUUUGCAGUCCACUGUCGAAGCUUCAUGAUCCAUCAUUGCACCGGCUUUUACAUAAGGUCAUGCAGAAGGUGUAUGCACUUUUGCUGGCUGAACUUCGAAAGCUUGGAGCUACCAUUGUGUAUGGAAGUUUUUCGCGAAUCAUAAUCGGGACAGGAAAACACAACGUUGAGGCUGCCAAAAACUACUGUGAUCACCUUUUAAAAACACUGCAAACCAGAGAAAUGUUCGAGUGGAUUGAGCUUGAGCCUCAACGUUAUUGGCAUUCCAUUUUAUUCAUGGACCAGUACAACUAUGGCGCUAUCCAAGCCAAAGUUUCAUCUGAAGACAAUUCUGAGGAAUUUGAAAUUGUUUCAUCCUGGAAUAUAGCCGAGUAUUUGCCGAAGGCUAUUCAGGAGUUUUUCAUCGUCGUGGUGUCGGAGUUUAUCUAUCUCCCAUGGAAACACGCGCAAGAAACUAUUGCAGCGAGAUCAUUUUCCUUCUCAUCAACCCAAUCUGUGACUGUUGCCGCCGCUGCUGACGCUGACGCCCUGGAAACAUCAUUUUUGAAAGAACAGAUUGAGUCAUAUUUUACAGACAAGCUGUUGAGAAUCGUAAGAGAUAUUCAACGGCACUUCACGGCUUCCAGAGACGCGGACGACUUCAAGUUCCCGAAUCUAGCUGGCUCUCAUUUAGCUCUGGGUGACGCAGCUCUCGAGUUCAUCAAGUAUAUUUAUGCUGCAAUGUCCCUUGAUCACCGCGUGCAGCAUUCUGUUCAGGUUAUGAGAAAGAACCUGCUUAGGCUGGUUCAUGUGAGGGAGUUUGCACCCGAGGCUCAAUUCCACGACCCUUGUCUAUCGUUUACCCUUCCGAACGUCAUUUGCAGCUACUGCAAUGACUGCCGAGACCUCGACUUGUGUCGGGAUGCUGCCUUGCUUCAAAAGGACUGGCACUGUACAGUUCCUCAAUGUGGACAAAUGUACAACGUCCAAUGGAUUGAGAAUGCAUUACUCCAGAUCGUUCGGCAGAGAGAGCGUCUUUACCAUCUGCAGGACCUCAAGUGCGUGAAGUGCCGCCAGAUAAAAGCCGCACAUAUCACCGAGCAAUGCUCCUGCGGUGGCAGCUUCGAGUGCGUAGAAAAGCCGGCCGAGUUCAUGUCCAAAAGCCACGUAUUCUUGAAUAUUGCGACUUACUAUGGAUUCGACUUGCUGAAGGAGUGCAUUGCGUGGAUACUACUAUCCUGAAAGCUCGACCA